AUGAGCGACCGAUUCUGCUACGGUACUGGACCUAGCAGACAGAAGCGUGUGAACGCUCGGAUUCGAGGGAGCGCCGCGGAGCACGGCAGUUGGGUUUGGCGGUGCAAUGCAAUCACGAGUGCUGCGUGCGUGCUGGCUGCUGGUGGUGGUGAGGAGAGGCUAGCAGACGAAUGGCAUGCCAAGCGGGCAAGAUGGGCAAGAUGGGCAAGCUGGGCAAGCUGGGCAAGGUGGGCGAGUGUAGAGGAAUGGGGCUAUACGUGUGUCGUUGUUUUGCGCGAGACAAGGGAGACGAGCAGCAGCGCGCGCGCGUAUGUGUACGGAGUGUAUGUGUUUGUAACGGUCGAUCGUACGAAGCCAGACGGCCGAAGAGAGGAGGAUGAUGGCAGAACGUGGAACACGAAGCACAAAGCACAAAGCACAAAGCAAAUAGCAAAAAGCGGAGCCGCGUCGCUCUAA